UGCUAUCAGGUCUUCUAAUAUUAAUGUUCAGAGAGAGAGAGAGAGAGAGAGUAAUGGUUUCUAGGAAGCACAAGAGAGCAGCCAUGUACAAGAAGCUGCAACUGCUUCGUUCAAUCACCAACUCCCAUGCGAAACUGGCCUCUUUCAAUGGAGAAUUAUGUGGGAGGAAACUGCAGAUUGCAGAGUAAAACCUCGAUUAUAUUAGAUGCAUCGAAGUACAUAGAAGAUCUAAAGCGGAAGAUAGAUGAAAUGAAUCGAGAUAUUGUUGUGGAAACUGUCCAAGCUUCAUUGCCCCUGCUUAAGGUAGAAGCUCAAGAAAAGGGUUUUGUGAUUGAGGUGUUCACGGAAAGGAGUUGUUGUGGUUUGCUUGUGUUCAUUUUGGAAGCCUUUGAAGAGCUGGGCCUUGAUGUGCGCCAAGCUAGGGUUUCUUGUUCAGACAGAUUUCAUUUAGAAGCCAUCGGAGCCAAAGAUAAUCAAGGAGAUCAGGAGGACCAGAUAGAUGCUCAAGUGGUCAAAGAAGCAGUUUUGCAAGCUAUUCAAUGCUGGAGUGCAACAAGCGAGCAAAAAUAAGAAAGCCAAAUCGAUCUUAUAUUUGUUUCGAACUACAUAAUUUUCUUCUUUCUAGCUUCGUUUUCCUUUUAUUUUUUCAUUUUAAUUUCCAAUUAACUAUCUAGAUCGGAGUUUAAUUUCUA